GAAUUUGACAGACCUGCUGGACAGCAGUGGCUCUGAGAACAUAUUGAAAAUACAAAAGAAAUUUGAAUGCUGCUUCAGAAGAGAAAGCCUGGGAAAAAGAAAUACUGAGGAAGAGCAGAAGUGCCACCAUAGCUUCAGCAUUUCAUUUGGAGGUGCCUGAGGUCAUCCCUGUGUUCUUGCUGCGAAUCACCAGCUGGUAAGAAACAGCCAGCAAAUUCAGCAUGACAGAAGAAUAUGCAGAAACCACAGCUGAAUAUGCUUAUGAUGAACAUGCUUUCUCCUGCAAUAAAACCGACAUCCAAGAGUUUGGGAAAAUAUUUCUGCCACUAUUUUACAUUGUGGUGUUUGCUCUUGGCCUCACAGGGAAUCUAAUGGUGGUGUUUGCCAUUGUGAAAGGCAACAAAAAAAGCAUCACUGACAUCUAUCUCCUGAACUUGGCUGUCUCUGACCUUCUCUUUGUGAUCUCCCUCCCAUUCUGGGCAUCCAACACAGUCCGUGGAUGGACCCUUGGGACUACUGCAUGUACAGCUGUUUCCUCGUUGUAUUACAUUGGUUUCUUUGGGGGAAUGUUCUUUAUCACUGUUAUCAGCGUUGACAGGUACUUGGCUAUUGUCCGGGCAACUUAUUCUCUGAAAUCCAGAACAGUAAGACAUGGCUUUCUUGUAACCUGUGGAGUGUGGGCAAUUGCAGUUUUAGUGUCAGUGCCACACUUUGUGUUCUCCCAGCUCGUAGAAAAUGACUGCAUUGCUGUCUACCCAGAGAAGCUGGAGAACAUCUGGCCAGUGUUCUGCAAUAUGGAGCUGAACACCAUUGGCUUUUUCAUCCCGGUCUGUAUCAUAUUCUAUUGCUACUGUGGUAUCAUCAAAACCCUCCUGUCCUGCAAAAAUCAGAAAAAAGCACGAGCCAUAAAACUGAUAUUGGUUGUGGUGGUGGUUUUUUUUCUGUUUUGGUCCCCCUACAAUGUACUGAUUUUUCUAGAUACUUUAAAUCACUAUGAGUUAUUCACAAAUUGCAACCAAAUUAAGUCAUUGGACUACGCAAUGCACCUGACUGAAACCAUUGCAUUCAGUCACUGUUGUCUCAAUCCUCUUAUCUAUGCCUUUGCUGGGGAAAAAUUCAGGAAAUACUUUUACCAUGUCUGCUUGAAAUACUGUCCAUUCCUGUGUUUCUGUGGGCCCUGCAGUCACUACCAGGUCUCUCAUUCAGUUAGUUAUGCAGAAAGUGUGGUGAACAGCAACAUAACCCAGAACACCAGCGACCAGGACGGCUCUGUCUUCGUCUAAAAGGGUCUCAGAAGGAGAAAUGUGUGUCUCCUGCAGGGAUAUGUGUCUCCUGCAGGGAUAGCAACCACUGAGGGGCUGCAUUUACCCAUAUGAAGAGCCUUAAAGGCUGCACUGAAUUACUGGCAUGCCUCUAGUUAAGCAUUAAUUAUUCUAGAACAGCAAAGAUUUUAAAAACAAAAGCAGUACAAUAUGUCAGUGUUGGACAUGGAAUGGAAUCAAGAGCAAGGAGCAGGGAAAGUAGAAACAAAAGGAGCACUGUGCCUAGAAAAGGAGGAGAAGAAGAAUCUAAGGGUAGGGAAGCUUUUGAACUGUUCCACCACUGGAACUUGUGCAUGUGUCAGUGUAUGUGCAUGCGAUACUGAUGUACAUAGACCUAAACUCGUUUUUUAAGGGAAGAGAAAUCUCUUUAAUAAAUGGUGACUGACUUUUAGGAGAGGGGAAUAUUUUUGGUAGUAAAGGGGUGUAUUUUUGAUGCUAUAUAUCCAUAAGGAGCCAAUU